UUCUCUCAGUCUCUCUCCUUCCCUUUCUGUUUCCAUCUUUGUGCUUUAUCCCUUCAUCCCUUAUCUCCUUCAUCCCCUCCAAUCCUCAUCUGUUCUUCACCGUGGAGGAAGGGCAGGAGAAAGAGAGAGUUUUUUUUGCAGGUAAAGCUAGAUCAGCAGUCUGAAUUGGGUAGAGCAUCAGAGGAAUCGGUGAGCCGGCUGUGCAACCUGGGACAGUGGAAUCUAAAGGAACUCAUUGGGGAGCACAGAGCCAGAGGUGACUGGGACCAGGUUGCAGGAGACAAGGUCCUAACUUUGAGUGGAAAAGAGGGAUUGUUUCAUUUUCCAUCAGUAACAUCCUGCAGUGACUGUCAUUAUGGCAGCUGAGAAAGCUGAAAUGGAUGCACUGAAAAAGGAGUGCGAUGGCCUCCGUGCUCAAAUUGAGGCGGCGCGUAAAGCCGUAAACGACACUACCAUGACAGCAGCAGCCAACGGCGUGGCCUCUCUGGGCCGGGUCCAGUUGAAGCUCAGGAAGUCACUCAAGGGCCACCUGGCCAAGAUCUAUGCCAUGCAUUGGUCAGAAGAUUCAAGGCAAAUGGUCAGUGCAUCACAGGAUGGCAAGCUUCUUGUCUGGGACACCUUCACUGGGAACAAGUUGGUUGCUGUCCCUCUUAAGUCUGCUUGGGUGAUGAGCGUCGCCUUCGCUCCUUCUGCUAACCUGGUGGCCAGUGGUGGUCUGGAUAACAUCUGCACAGUCUACAACAUUAAGGCUGCCAGCCCCAAGACCCUCAGGGAGUUGGAUGCACACACAGGUUAUUUGUCUUGCUGCCGUUUCCUUAGUGAUUCUGAGAUCCUGACAGCCUCUGGUGACACCACCUGCGUUCUGUGGGACCUGGAGACGGGCAAGCAGAAAAUGGCCUACACCAACCACAUCGGGGACUGCAUGUCGCUGGCCCUCUCCCCUGACAUGAACAUGUUCAUCUCAGGAGCCUGCGACUCUCUGGCAAAACUGUGGGACCUGAGGGAAGGAACCUGCAAGCAGACCUUCUCCGGGCACACCAGUGACAUCAAUGCCAUUUCUUUCUUCCCCAGUGGAAAUGCCAUCAUCACGGGCUCUGACGACUGCUCCUGCAAGAUGUAUGACCUGCGUUCUGACCAGGAGGUGACAGACUACACGGAUGCCACCCUGAACGCCGGCGUCACAUCUUUGGCCCUUUCCAACUCCGGCCGCCUUAUCUUUGCAGGCUAUGAUGACUUCAACUGCCACAUCUGGGACUCCCUGAAGGGAGAGAAAGUUGGUGUGCUCUCCGGCCAUGACAACAGGGUGAGCUGCACCGGCGUCCCGGCUGAUGGAAUGGGUGUCUGCACAGGAUCCUGGGACAGCUUCCUGAAACUGUGGAACUGAGGUGUUUCAGCGUCAAGAAAAAAACCUCAGGAGGAAAAGAGGAGGAGCAGAAAUGAGGAGGAAAGAAUUAAGAAAUGAAGGAGAAGAGAAGACAUUACAAAAAAAGGGAGGAUGCAUGGAUAAAAAAGGCCUCCUCUUCCUAUCUUCCUCUCUUCUUCCUCAAAAAUGUAUGCAAAACAUGAGCAGUUGCAAAUGAGCCUCAUUGUGUAAAUAGCAUCAGGGAAACAAUGCACGAUGCAUCCUGCUGUGUGUACAGAAGAGCUUAAUUGUUGUCAGCUUACAUAACAAAACACAUUUUUAAAAAUAGCACAUUAAUCUAAAUGUUACCAGAGCAGGGAACUAAGCUCUGAUUCAGAAACACAUAGAGGUUUUUGACAAUAAAAGAAGCACAAAUGUUUGAGCACUGAAAAUAAAGUUAUAGAAUAACAGAUUUUAUUUUUGUUCUUGAGAUCAUUAAGCUGUAAGAGCCCUGAACUUACAUAGAUGAAAAACUGAUGUAUAAAUUCAUUUAUACCUGAUAGUGUAACUGUUAGAAUGGAGUUCAUGUAAAAUGUCUUUUUUUUCUCUAUUAUUUCCAUUUUAUGCCAGGCUACAUACACACAGAGUGUAAAUAUGCCACAAAAAGUCAUCAUUGCUCCCUUUCUAAGAACAGACAGGCUUUUAAGCAGGGCGGAGUUACCAUGUGGAUGUGAUGCACUCAGAAGAAAGAAGGUUUAAGUCUGGAAGCAGGCGGUAGACUGGGCUGCCGGGCAGCUGUCUAAACUGUAAAACAUUCUGUGAAAACACAUAAACUUAAUUUAUCCCUUUCAGCUCAGCUGCUUUCUGUAGUUCUUGUACAACUCUGUGCAACUCUGAUGUAAAAAUGGCAAAAACUUUCUUGUAAAUCUUUCUAAUAAAUAGAUCUGCAUUCAUGUUA